AUUUAUACAUUAUGUAAAAAGCCUCUACUUUAAUUUUCUUUUUGUGCCAUAUAGUUGGCCAACUACAUAUUUUCGUUACAAAAUUUUCAGUAUCAAUCAUUUGUUAAAACUUAUAUAUAUAUAUAUAUAUAUAUAUAUAUAUAUCUCAUACUACUGAAACCACCCAAAAUAAAAAGAAGCCGAGAUUUCUCCUCUGCUUUUUAUAAGAUUUGAUGGCGGGUGAUAAUCCUUGGUUCAAAAAUCCAAUCCAGAACUAUAACUUUGGGAGCAGCUCAUCUCAUGAUCGUCAUGGCUUAGUGGUGGAGGAUCAGCAAGAAGAAAACAUGAUGAUGAUAAAAGAACAAGACAGGCUACUUCCGAUAGCAAACGUUGGAAGGAUCAUGAAGAACAUUCUCCCACCAAACGCAAAGAUCUCUAAAGAAGCCAAAGAGACUAUGCAAGAAUGUGUCUCCGAGUUCAUAAGCUUCGUCACCGGGGAAGCAUCCGAUAAAUGCCACAAGGAGAAGAGAAAGACCGUCAAUGGAGACGAUAUCUGUUGGGCCAUGGCAAAUCUAGGGUUUGAUGAUUACGCCGGCCAGCUUAAGAAGUACUUACAUCGUUUCCGAGUUAUUGAAGGUGAGAAAGCUAAUCAUCACGGCAAAGGAGGUCCUAGUAAAUCCUCACCAGAUAAUUAAUUAAUCUAUCUCUUUAGCUUCUUUAGAUUGAUUGGUUUGCUAAUUUCCCCAUUUUUAUGUGUCAUCUUUGUUUAACUCGAUCCGACCAGCUUCUUUUUUUUAUCAAUCUUGUUUUGUUUUGUUAAAAGAGCUUCUUCUACCAGUUCACAUAUAGCUCUAAGCGAUCUACAUAUAUAAUUAAAUAAAUAUAUAUGAUUGUAUAACAUGUCCUUACAUAUGUGG